CCAUUCAUUGCCCUUUCCCUUCCUCCGCCCGCCGCUCGUGGCUCGUGGCCGUAUUCUCUGCCAACUCGCGUGGGUCCCUGUACGAGCUUCCUGGCGUUCCGUCUCAGUGGUCACACGAUUUCCUCCUUCAGGUCAAACCGCUCCGCGCACCCUCUCACGCACGAACACCUAAACGCCAGCAGCCCCCCACUACCCUUCCCAUCGCCACCAGCUGCUGAUGUCCCCCGAGUAGACAUUCUCCCUUCAGCCCGCUGCCGGAAUUGCUAGAAGGUGAAGCAUUCUUAUUUUCACAGCUGCUUUGUUCCUCCUUGGAGAUGACCCCUUAGCUGGUACUUUGCAUCCCUGUUGUGUGAUGGAGGUGUCUUUGGGGAUUCAGAUGGAUGAGCCAAUGGCCUUUUCUCACCCGUGUAACCGGCUUCAGGCUGAUGGCUCGUUAAAAAAAGAUGAGCAGAAUUUUAAACUUGGAGGUGUUAAAAAAGAUAUUGAGAAGCUUUAUGAAGCUGUACCACAGCUUGGUAAUGUGUUUGAGAUUAAGGACAAAAUUGGAGAAGGCACUUUCAGCUCUGUUUAUUUGGCCACAGCACAGUUACAAGUAGGACCUGAAGAGAAAAUUGCUCUGAAACACUUAAUUCCGACAAGUCAUCCUGUAAGAAUUGCCGCUGAACUUCAGUGCCUUACAGUGGCUGGGGGGCAAGACAAUGUCAUGGGAGUAAAAUAUUGCUUUAGGAAAAAUGAUCAUGUGGUUAUUGCUAUGCCAUAUCUGGAGCAUGAGUCCUUUUUGGACAUUUUGAAUUCUCUUUCUUUUCAAGAAGUACGGGAAUAUAUGUUUAAUCUGUUCAAAGCUUUGAAACGCAUUCAUCAGUUUGGUAUUGUUCACCGUGAUGUUAAGCCCAGCAAUUUUUUAUAUAAUAGGCGCCUGAAAAGGUACGCCUUGGUAGACUUUGGUUUGGCCCAAGGAACUCAUGAUACGAAAAUAGAGCUUCUUAAAUUUGUCCAGUCUGAGGCUCAACAGGAAAGUUCUUCACAAAAUAAGUCCCACAUAAUCACAGGAAACAAGAUUUCAUUGAGUGGCCCAGUGCCUAAAGAGCUGGAUCAGCAGCCCACCACAAAAACGUCUGUUAAAAGGCCCUACACAAGUGCACAAAUGCAGAUUAAACAAGGAAAAGAUGGAAAGGAGGGAUCUGUAGGCCUUUCUGUCCAGCGCUCUGUUUUUGGAGAAAGAAAUUUCAAUAUACACAGCUCCAUUUCACAUGAGAGCCCUGCAGUGAAACUUAUGAAGCAGUCAAAAACUGUGGAUAUAUUCUCAAGAAGGUUAGCAACAAAAAAGAAGGUUAUUUCUACCAAAGUUAUAAACGGUGGGAUGAGGAAAACUACCACUUCUUGCCCUGCUAACCCAACCUGCGACUGUUAUGCAACAGAUAAAGUUUGCAGUAUAUGCCUUUCAAGACGGCAACAAGUUGCCCCAAGGGCAGGUACACCAGGAUUCAGAGCACCAGAGGUCUUGACCAAGUGCCCCAAUCAAACUACAGCAAUUGACAUGUGGUCUGCAGGUGUCAUAUUCCUUUCUUUGCUUAGUGGACGAUAUCCAUUUUAUAAAGCAAGCGAUGAUUUAACUGCUUUGGCUCAAAUUAUGACAAUUCGUGGAUCCAGGGAAACUAUCCGGGCUGCUAAGACUUUUGGUAAAUCAAUAUUAUGUAGCAAAGAAGUCCCAGCACAAGACUUAAGAAAACUCUGUGAGAGGCUCCGGGGUAUAGAUUCUAAAAGUACCAAAUUAACAAGUGACAUACAAGGGCCUGGUUCUCAUGAUCCAACUUUUUCAGAGACGGCUGACCAUAAGGCUGCUCACCUCGUACAUACUUCUCAGGCACAGUGCUCAGGGAGUUCAUUGCAUAAAGGAGACAGUAAUGGCUGUGGGAGUUGUUUUGAGGAGGAUACUACCAAUUUAGAAGGCUGGGAUAAGGUACCUGAUGAAGCAUACGACCUGCUUGAUAAACUUCUAGAUCUAAAUCCAGCUUCAAGAAUAACUGCAGAAGGAGCUUUGUUGCAUCCGUUUUUUAAAGAUAUGAGCUUGUAA